GUCUGAGUUGGCGUGUGUCACCAUCGUUGUUUGCCUGUCAGCUCUGCAUGCUCCUGGUGAGCCCUCUGAGGACAUGGACUUGGACCAGCUGGACCUAAAUCCCAGAAUUACUGCUGCGAUUAAGAAAGGCAGACUGAAGUCAGUGAAGGAGAUACUGUGCUACUCCGGACCAGACUUGCAGCGGCUCACCAGCCUGCCCAGCCACGAUGUGCAGUGCCUGCUGAGAGCUGCCUCUCUACACCUUCGGGGAAGCCGCGUCCUCACAGCACUGCAUCUGUUCCAGCAGAGGGAGAGCUUCCCUGAGCAGCAUCAACGCCUGAGCCUAGGCUGCCCUGUCCUGGAUCAGUUCCUGGGUGGAGGCCUGCCUCUGGAUGGCAUCACUGGCCUGGCUGGCCGCAGCUCAGCAGGAAAGACACAGCUGGCACUACAGCUCUGCCUGGCUGUGCAGUUCCCACGACAAUAUGGAGGCCUAGAGGCUGGGGCUGUCUAUAUCUGCACAGAAGACGCCUUCCCCAGCAAGCGGCUGUGGCAGCUCAUUGAGCAGCAGCAGAAGCUGCGGACAGACGUGCCUGGGGAGCUGACAGAGAGGAUCAGGUUCAGCAACCACAUCUUCAUCGAGCAUGCGGCCGACGUGGACACCUUGUUGGAGUGUGUGAGUAAGAAGGUCCCCAUUCUGCUGUCGAGGGGCAUGGCCCGCCUAGUGGUGGUUGACUCCGUUGCAGCCCCAUUUCGUUGUGAGUUCCAUCUUCAGGCCUCAGCCGUCAGGGCGAAGCUCCUGCACUCGCUGGGGGCCACACUCCGAAAACUGAGCAGCACCUUCCAGAGCCCAGUGCUGUGCAUCAACCAGGUGACAGAAAUGGUGGAGGACCAGCAGUUUGUGCCCAGGGCUUCGGAGGAGCGCCUCUCUCCAGCCCUUGGCAUCACCUGGGCUAACCAGCUCCUGAUGCGACUAAUGGUUGACCGCACCCAUGAGGAUGAUGUUACCACAGGCUUGCCCAGAAGCCCAGUUCGGACUCUCCGAGUGCUCUUCGCCCCCCACCUACCCGUCUCCUCCUGCUGCUACACAGUCAGUGGGGAAGGCAUUAGGGGGAUGCCAGGAACAGAAUCCUGCUGACAGUGGGACCAGUGGGUCAGCCUGAUGACGCCUCCCAACAACCUGUCAGUCAGUGGCACCUGGUGAACAGGCACCCAGUGACGGUCGGGCAGUCAGUAUCUGC